AUGCCCACCUAAAGGACUCAUUAGUGAUUCUUCUUAGUAACUUUAAUGCUGAUCCAUCAAGAACACAUAAUCUCACAAACUCAAAGGAACUUUUUGAUUUGCUCAACAACCUAUAUUUGAUUAAUAAAUUGGAUUUAGUUAAAAAGCAAAAGUCAACCCAUGAUCUCGUCACCUACAUAACCAAUACUAGCUGUUCUACCAUCGAUCACAUCUUUAUUCACUCGAUACUUGUUCCCGAUCUUAUAGAUCAAGAAAUUAUUAAAGUGGAUAAUAAUAUAUCUGAUCAUGCUAUA